AUGGCUGCGGUGAACGCAAACGUGCUGUCCAGUGACAUAAGCCGUAGAAAUCCCCAGGACGAGUACGAGCUUAUACAGAGAAUAGGCAGCGGGACCUACGGCGAUGUCUACAAGGCUAAACGUCUCUCCAUGAAUGACCUCGCGGCGAUUAAGGUUAUCAAAUUGGAGCCAGGUGACGACUUUGCAAUCAUUCAACAGGAGAUCUUAAUGAUGAAAGACUGCAGGCAUCCAAAUAUUAUUGCUUAUUAUGGAAGUUAUUUAAGAAGAGAUAAAUUAUGGAUAUGUAUGGAGUAUUGUGGAGGUGGAUCGUUACAGGAUAUAUAUCAUAUAACUGGACCAUUAACAGAAAUACAAAUAGCAUAUAUGUGUCGGGAGACCCUCACUGGUUUAGCUUACUUACACAGCAUGGGCAAGAUGCAUCGUGAUAUUAAGGGUGCCAAUAUACUGUUGACCGAAUCCGGCGAUGUAAAACUGGCAGAUUUUGGCGUGUCGGCACAGAUUACCGCGACAAUUAAUAAGAGAAAGAGCUUUAUCGGUACACCUUAUUGGAUGGCUCCUGAGGUAGCAGCCGUGGAAAGAAAAGGUGGUUAUAAUCAAUUGUGCGAUAUUUGGGCAUGUGGAAUAACCGCGAUUGAAUUAGCGGAACUGCAGCCACCGAUGUUUGACCUACAUCCCAUGCGCGCUCUAUUUCUCAUGUCCAAGUCUGGCUUUAAGCCACCGACAUUGAAGGAUCGCGAUAAAUGGAGUCCAACGUUUCAUAACUUCGUCAAAAUUGCUCUCACAAAAAAUCCAAAAAAAAGGCCGACGGCAGAGAAAUUACUUCAGCAUGCGUUUUUCCAAGGAGAGAUGAGCAAGAGACUGGCUUUAGAAUUAUUACAAAAAGUGUCGAAUCCUAGCCAUAUGUUCACGGAUCUGGAGGCCGAUGAAGACGGGGCGGUACCCAAUGUUCCGCAAAGAAUAGCCUCACGUCACACUGCAAGGCCUAGGCCAAAAAGUCCUAUAUCGCAACUAGAUAGUGAUGAUCAAAUCAAUAUUGAUGGAGGGACAUUACAUAGAGAUUCUAUAUCACCAUCUGUGGAUAGUCCAGCGUGGGAUAUAAUGGAUAUCAUGAAUAAUGUUAAAGUCGUGCAUAAUUGUGAUGUGCACCCAGACUGUGGGAUUGGAUCUGCAUUUGAAGACAUCCAGGAAAAAAUACUUGGUGCGAACUUUAAGACAAAUAAAAUAUUGAAACGUAGUAAAACUGGCACAGAGAUGUUUCAUAUGUCUUUAAGGAGUCUAUUGCAGUACAUUGAUGAGGAGUUGUUGCUAAGGGGGAAUGCAAUGUCGAUGGUUGAUGGGCAUUGCGACCAGCUAUAUUCCCUGCAAGCUACUCUUCCAUUGGGGGAAUCUUCGAACGAUUGCGAAGUUCAUUGUCCAUAUUAUAAUGUAUCUGGGUCUCAAGCGAGUCCCAGACGUCACAGCUCCGUGGAUGAGUUGUAUGGCCUCGUCAAUAGUUCUCAGUCUUUAACAGCUGUGAAUGGACAACGUCAACGAUCAUUAUCGGACAGCGGCCCUAGGGAUGAGCCCGCACAGACAAACGGUGACAAUGAGAUAUCAGCUGAUCGAGACAGGGAAAGUAUGAGUCCCGACUUACUAUCAGACACUCCACCUAUUCCUCCAAGAAGAAGAGAUCGGAAGAGACAUACGCCACCAAGACCGAUAAGUAAUGGAUUGCCUCCUACACCGAAAGUGCACAUGGGAGCGUGUUUCUCAAAGGUAUUCAAUGGCUGUCCACUGAGAAUACAUUGUACCGCAAGUUGGAUUCAUCCAGAUACAAGGGAUCAGCACUUGCUUAUCGCAGCGGAAGAAGGAAUUUAUAAUUUGAACUUGAACGAACUUCAUGAAACUGCGAUAGAUCAGCUGUAUCCUAGGCGUACUAUCUGGAUGUAUGUUAUCAAAGAUGUUCUUAUGUCUCUUUCCGGAAAAACGCCUCAGUUGUAUAGGCAUGACUUGUUAGCAAUGCUAAGUAAACAGACUCAUAGAUUUUCAUUGCAUAUGAAUAAAAUACCAGAGAGAUUAGUUCCUAGAAAGUUCGCUCUAACUACAAAAGUACCGGACACCAAGGGAUGUACCAAAUGUUGCGUUGGAAGAAACCCGUAUAAUGGGUACAAAUAUCUGUGUGGAGCGAUGCCAGCAGGUAUAUUCUUAAUGCAAUGGUACGACCCAUUGAAUAAAUUUAUGCUUUUAAAACAUUUUGACUGCGUUCUGCCGUCGCCACUAAAUGUCUUUAAGAUGAUUAUCACGCCUGAAAUGGAAUACCCAAUGGUAUGUGUAUCGGUUAAACAGCCAUAUCAGCAAAAUAAAAUAAAGCUGGACUUAAUUAAUAUGAAUUCGGGAGCGAGUUGGUUUCAUAGUGACGAAUUGGAAGAUAUGGAUGGCUCAGCAACUGUGAUACCAAGACGAGAGAAUUUGAACGUUAUUAACGUUACGCAAUUUGAAAAAGAUGCAAUACUUGUUUGUUACGAUAAUAUGGUAAAGAUGGUAACUUUACAAGGAAAACCCCGUAUUAGUAAGAAGCAGUUAUCAGAGCUGCAGUUUAAUUUCGAAAUCGAAUCUAUCAUUUGUCUACCUGAUAGUGUAUUGGCAUUUCACAAACACGGUAUGCAAGGUAGAAGUUUCAAGAAUGGCGAAGUUACACAAGAGAUUAGUGAUCCGAGUAGAACUUACAGGUUACUUGGCUCAGAUAAGGUUGUGAUGUUGGAGAGUCACUUAGUUCAUAGUGGCACAUUGACUGAAUCGGAAGGGGCAGACUUGUACAUUCUCGCUGGACACGAGGCCAGCUAUUGAGUAUUGAACCUAAGUAGCGAUUACCCGCUGCAUGCUCUCACAUGAUAUGUGAUUGAACUGCAUGUAAUGUGAAAUCACUACGAGAACGGUGAGAUUAAAGUAUGCGGAGGUGAAAACUUUACAAUUAAUUAUCAUACCACGAAUGUAUGUGCACAACCGGCACGACCAGCGUGCAAUUUAAACGCUGCGAUAGUCGCUGUCUCUGUAUGAUUGAUAUAUCAUAUAAACUGGUAAUUACUCGUGGUAAUUUUUUUUUUUAACGAAAGUCUUAGAGCUAAGCAACACUUACAGACAUGAGUAAAGUUACGAUGAGGGGGAAUAGUGAAUUUAAUGAGAGGACAGAGUUAAGAGAAU